CUGUGGCUGAGCGCAGUCUGCAACAAACGACAAUUGAUGCCACUCCCGUCCUAUAUUCCUUGACCUUGCAUCUAAAUCAAAGCACACCACCACGCAGGGAAAUACAAGAUCACUCACCAUUCAGAACAGCUUCAGGACCUUUGACAGAUUACCCUCGUCCCUCCUAUCGGCUCAUUCGACCCUGCAGACAUACUACCGUCCUCAUUCAUCAUCGACGGGACCAAGAUCAACGUCACACUCACACUCGCGCUCACGAUUCUCUCUUCUACCAGAACACGGUUGCAAAGAAUCAGUCACGCCCACCUCUCUAAAUUCUUCUACGCGCUCGCCUCAUCUUCAGCCUCCCCGUCUCGUCUCUCCUCCCCUCCAAUCCCACCCGACAAUCCUCCACCAUGUCGGACGCCUAUGCCCGCGAAGAACAAAACAACGCGCUCCUCGCCUCCCUGUCACAAAAAACCUCUGCUCUCAAACACAUCACGCUCGACAUCUACGACAAUGCGCGCAGUCAGGAUACGCUCGACAACACCAAUGAGGUGUUUAGCAAUAUGAGCACUACUAUCAGAGGCAGUGCUGGACGACUCACGAGAAUGGCUAGGCAGGGUGAUAAAGUGGCGGUGUUGAAGUUGGCAGGAGGGCUGGUGGUGGUGAUUUUGUUGUUGUAUUGGGUUGGUGGUUGGAUCUGGGGGUUGUUGUUUGGCUGAUUUGAUUCAAUCAAUAUGGAAUAUCCUGGAACUUUUGUCGGUCGUCAUGUCAUCGGCGAGGAACGAUUCGGGACGAAACUAGGUGGAUGUGGUGACAAUCGAGCAGCAGCAGCAGCAAGUUUAUGUACGUUUAUUCAGCCGGGCGUUGGGCGUCUCGCAAGAGUGUCUGUUCUGUUUUCGUGGUGUAUCAUGCCAGGACGAAGUAAGAUGAAGUGUAUAGCGAAGGAAUGACAUGGAAACACGAAAAGAACCACAGGAAGCUUCGAUUUAUUACAAAACGGCCUCUGUUGUCGUUUUCCUAUUUCCUUUUAUUUUUGGUUUGGCAUAUUAUCUAAGAUUCUCG